AGAUAGAGUAAUGGGUAAUUUAUCACUCAUUUAUUUUCUCUCUCUAGAAACUGCAUUUCACAUCUUUCCAUAUUUUUCUCUCUCUAAAUUUUCAUUAUCUAUGGCGAUGUCUCGAUUUCUGUCCCAAUCUCUCCUCCGCGCAUCUCUCCGCCCUCCAACCGCCCUAAUCAGCCACCACCGCCACCGCUCCAAUAAAAGCCACCAGUCGCAGCUCAUCGAGGUGGACCUCGACGGCGCGUCCUCAUCGCAGUCGGAUUCGCCGGAAUCCUCCGCUGAGGUCAUCACUCUCGGCAUAAAAAAGCUCGAGGAUGCAAUCCACAGCAUCAUCGUGCGCCGCGCCGCGCCCGAUUGGCUCCCCUUCCUCCCUGGGUACUCCUACUGGGUCCCACCGCGCGGCACCUCCAUGCGCAACCACCCAGCCGGAAGUAUGAUUGAGGUCAUCGAGAAAUUAAAUUCUUCUAGGGAAACGAGGAAUCAGCGGCUACAGCGCGAUUUGUUGUCGGAGGACGAGCAGAUGUCCCUUACGUCUGCAAAAGGAUGGCCUUCCACCGCUGUUUUCAUCGAAGGUACUUCACCCGUACAUCCUAUACCAGUGGUGCAAAUGAGUGUGACAAUUCAAAAUAACGAAGACAGUGCAGACGACGCAUCUAGCUCCGAGGAUGAGGAAGGAUGAAACGUACCUAUCAUCGGAUGUGUUCUGCCUCUUAAGUGCACACCAUUGUAGAUAUCGAGAGAGUGGAGAAGGGGAAAACGGAGAAACGAAGAUGAAGGAGAAAAUGUGUACAUAUGGAUCCUUUUGCAGAGCUUUGCAUGGAGUGCUUUUGAUGUUGUUCGACUUAUUUAUAAAAAACGUCUGCUCGGCAGCUUAUUCUGCUUCCCUAGAGAAUGUGUAUAUUAUUAUUAACAUUUAUGUUGUUUCUGCAAAAUAGUUGUAGACUUUGUAGUUUUCUUUGCAUGGUUAAAAAAAAAUCAAAUAACUGUCUGAAUAAAUUAAAUGCUUUCUUUA